AUGUCACAAUACAAAACUGGUUUACUUUUAAUACAUCCGGCGGUGACUACAACGCCAGAGCUAGUAGAGAACACUAAGGCUCAAGCUGCAUCAAAGAAAGUCAAGUUCGUGGACCAGUUUUUAAUCAAUAAACUAAAUGAUGGGUCCAUAACUUUGGAAAACGCAAAAUAUGAAACAGUACACUAUUUGACGCCAGAAGCCCAGACUGAUAUUAAGUUUCCGAAAAAGUUAAUUUCUGUCUUAGCUGACUCAUUGAAACCAAACGGCUCACUAAUUGGUUUAAGUGAUAUUUAUAAAGUAGAUGCAUUAAUCAAUGGGUUUGAAAUAAUUAACGAACCAGAUUAUUGCUGGAUUAAAAUGGAUUCCUCUAAACUAAACCAAACUGUUUCUAUACCACUGAAAAAAAAGAAAACGAACAAUACUAAGCUACAGAGUGGUAGUAAGCUACCAACUUUUAAAAAAGCUAGUUCUUCAACCUCUAAUUUACCCUCAUUCAAAAAAGCAGAUCACAGUAGGCAACCUAUAGUUAAGGAAACAGACAGCUUCAAACCACCUAGUUUCAAAAUGACCACUGAACCAAAAGUCUACCGAGUCGUAGACGACCUGAUUGAGGAUAGCGAUGAUGAUGAUUUCUCUAGUGACUCUUCCAAAGCCCAAUAUUUUGAUCAAGUGGAUACCAGCGAUGAUUCCAUUGAAGAAGAAGAAUUAAUCGACGAGGAUGGUUCUGGUAAGUCAAUGAUUACUAUGAUUACAUGCGGUAAAUCCAAAACUAAGAAGAAGAAGGCUUGUAAAGAUUGCACCUGUGGUAUGAAAGAACAGGAAGAAAAUGAAAUAAACGAUAUAAGAUCUCAACAAGAUAAAGUUGUCAAAUUUACAGAAGACGAGUUGACCGAGAUUGAUUUCACUAUCGAUGGGAAGAAAGUUGGCGGCUGUGGUUCUUGUUCUCUAGGGGAUGCCUUUAGAUGUAGUGGUUGUCCCUACUUGGGUCUUCCUGCUUUCAAGCCUGGUCAACCUAUCAAUUUGGACAGCAUUUCAGAUGACUUGUAA